CCUCCUCCUCCUCCUCCUCCUCCUCCUCCUCCUCAACUUCCUCCUCUUCAGCGUCCGCCUCGUACUCCUGUGCGAGCGUUGGCGGGUGCAGGCCGCGCGAGAUGAGCCUCCUGACCUCCCUCCGCUUCGGCCGCCAGCCCACGGACAAAACGCCCGAGCUGCACUUGGCGCAGCACCGCGAGAGCCACGAGGCUGGCAUCUACAGCUUCAGCUGCAAGACGAUCGAUGGCGAGCCCUUCGACUUUUCGGAACUGAGGGGCCAGGUGGCCCUGAUCACGAACGUCGCGUCGUUCUGAGGCUGCACGGCGUCGCACUACGCAGCCAUGAAGAAGCUGAGCGACAGGUUCGCUUCCGGAGGGUUCACCGUGCUCUGCUUUCCCUGCAACCAGUUCGGUUUCCAGGAGCCCCGGGGAGCGGCGUCCAUCCAGAAGUGGACGAAGAAGAAGGGCUACAUCACCUCGCACAUGCGGGUGAUGGAGAAGGUCAACGUCUCCAAGGGCAUGACCGGGGUCGCCUGUCCAGUAUUCAAGUUCCUCCAGGACACGACAGGUGUGAGGAUUAACUGGAACUUUGGCGCGUACUUCCUCGUGGACAGGUCGGGCGAGGUCACGGGCUACAAGACCAGCCCAGGCGAGCUGACCGAGACCAUCGAGGCCCUCCUGGAGGCGAAGAUGUAGGCUUCUGGCCGAGCCGCAGCGGCGCGGGAUGCCGCCGGCGCCCCCGGGACCCGACGCAGCGAGUGAGGCUGGUCAGCAGCGGCCGCCGUAGAGGAGAGGCUGGUCGCUGCGCGGCCGAUGGGGCUGCGGAUUGCCCGAGGGCUCUCAGACUGCCUCUCAAAGGAGGUCCAGAGGUUGGCACCAGCACCGAUAUUGGCGCCUUGCCUCCACCGAGGGAAGACGAUCCCGAUGUCGGCGAUGGUUGUAAUAUUCGGGCUCUUCAAGUGCGCUACCGGCACCGAAAUCUGAGUUCAUUAUAUUAUCCCCUGGUGGAGUAUUGGUGCUGGGAGGAAGCACCGCCCCUAUCGCCUCCAGGCCUCCAAAUUGGGUCCCGUAGAUGGGGUCGGAGGAUCGCGAC